GGGUUGUUGACACCCCCCCCCCCCCCCGGCAUGCCUGUUUCUCCGGUGCCCCCCAGCGUCUUCUGCCCUCUGAUCACCCCAGGCGCCCUGUCUCCUGUGCCCAGGUUCAGCUAAGCCUCCCUCCCCCACCCGGGCAGAGUGUGGAGAUGCUACAGCCUGGAGGGUAAAGCCCUGGACAUGGAGGCCCCGCCCCAGAUGUCCCGGAGCUGCUCUGGGCCCCGCCUCCCACGCAGGCGCUCAAAGGCCCAAAGAGAUCGGCAGAGGGGCCCUUCACCUGCAAACUCCUUGUCAUCAAGUCCGGAGCCGGCGGUCUGGCCACGCCCACAGCGCAAGAAGAAGCGACGGAAGAGAGGGGAGGAGAGCGCCGUCCUGCGGGAGGAAGAUCUGAUCGACGGCUUCUGUAUCAGCAGCUAUGGCAGCCUGGAGGCCAUGCAGAGAGACGUCUCCAUGGAGUCUGCCCCACUGGAGGAACCCUACCGACAAAGACCCCCGGGAAAGAGAAAGAGAAGUGAUGGGGCCAGCUCGGAGGACCCUGGGGCCAGUGAGAAGCAUCUGGAGGAGCGGGCACACAAGGGCCAGAAACGGCGCUGCCUGGGGGUGGGUUCAGUGCACGCGGCUCAGGAUGCCGCCGGUCAGGACUGUCUGAACUGCGGCCUGGAUGCCGGAUACAUUUGCGAUGCUGAGAGCAGCUCCGAGGAGCAGGUUCCCGGUGAUGACCUGGCCGUGUCCUUCACAGUGUCUACAAACACAGCUUCGCCUCCCAUCUCCGGCGGUCGGCUGAAGUUGACGGUCCUGGCCCAGAUUUCUGGUUUGGGGAGAAGCUGUGAGAAGAGCCAGGAGCCAGAGAUGAUGGAGUAUGUUCCCGCCCCGCAGCCUCCAACACCUGCUGCUCCAUCACAGGAUCCACCCAGUGCCUCCCCCAAAGUGGAGCCGGUUCCUGUCCUGCCGACUCCUCCACCGCCACCUCCCAGUGUGCAACCUGGGGCCAGUAGCAGGAGCUCCGCCCCCAAGCCUGUGCCCGCUCCGAGACCUGCCACGCCGUCUAUUUCACUUCCUGUUCACACAGCCUCCUCCAGCCUCCCCUCCGCCCUGCGUCCUCCUUCCCAUCAUCACAUGAACCUGUUUGCCCCCACUCAAGCCCUUCCGCCGCCUCCCCCACUUCUGCAGGUCUCAGGUCAUGCUCCUGCGGCUGUGUUGUCGGAGCAUAAUAUCAUUGGUCAAGAGAUGGGCUCACGGUUCUUGGCGGCUCCUGGGAGCGCGGCAGAGAUCGGUGCUGCCGUCAGACCCAUCCAGUUCCACCAGCACAACCAUCAGCAUACUCACCAGCACACACACCAGCACUUCACCCCUUACCCCCACAACUUUGAGAAAUUUCCAAGUAAAAUAGAAAGUCUGUACAGAGGGAAUCCCAACUCCUUUUUUCCGCCCUUUUCUCCGGUUAUCACUGCUCUCCCCCCGGUUCUACCUCCGAGCGUCUCCUUUGGAUCUCUACAGGGCGCCUUUCAACCCAAGAGCACAAGUUCUGAGCUGGCCUCGCGAUGCUCUGUGCCUCCACCUAUUCCCCACAAGGCUCCUCAGAUGACUGAACAAUACAAACCAAGGAGGCCCGGCCGCUGGUGUGCGAUGCAUGUCCGCGUGGCGUAUAUGAUCCUGCGGCAUCAGGAGAGAAUCAAGCUUGCACAUGGAAAUCCUCACAAGCCUGAAUUACGUAGCGAUCUCCUCUGUCUGAAUUCGGGGCUUAGUCAUCGGCCGUCCUCGCUCAUGACUGGUGCUGUAUCGCACACCCCUGCACAGUUCCAGGUUGCGCCUUCAGCCGCCGCGUUUCUUUCACAGGCCGGACCCUCAGGUGAGAUAUAGGCAAAAAUAUUUGGAUAGAAAAGUUGUCCUAGUCCAAGGGUGACUUCCUCGGAAGGCUAUUGGGCCUCCUGCCUAAUCCCAGUGGCUGAAGCAGGAGGAUAAAUCUGGGGGAAUUCAGGUUCUCAUCCCCGUAGUUUAGGCUGAACCUUAGAGCAGCUCUGAGCUGCGGAACCUUCCUGCUCCAGGAUCAUGGGUUUCACUCAGGAUAUGGCUUGUCCUGCAGGGUAACGUGUGACGCUGCGUUACUCCCUGCCCUCAGACCACAAAGAAUUCAGAAAACCAUGCACUGGCUUUUGACAGAAUAUCCCCAUUGAUGGCGGUAUCCUUCUCACGUAUACCACAGGCUGCCCUAGCUCCCUUUUCUCUGCCCUCCUGACAGCUCAUGAACUCCCAUCAUCAACAGUCAGGACUGCAGAGAUGAGGGCGCUCCCCCAACAGACUCCCCUACUCUUGCUGCACCCAAGCUCUGCUCCUUUCGUAAAGAGCCGCUAAGGAAGAAUGUGGAGGGUGGGGAGCCUGCGCCUCACUAUUAUCACUUGGUGGCCGCCCCUAUUGAUCACAGAGCAUGCCCACAAUACUCCGACGUAGAAGUCUGUUAUCCCCAGGCUCCUAUGGUCUGUACGGUUGCGGUAAAGAAUAUUUCUGGAUCCUGUAAACAGCCGCUCGGGUAAGAUGGCUGCCUCCAUAAUAAUGUGCAGAAAUUAAUACAAAUAUUUCAGCAUCUGGUGUUAGACAGAAGUAGGGGGCGUUCCCUGUAAUAGCUCCGCUUUAGUCUCUCCUUACUGAUCAAGCGCUGAGAGCACCUCCCAAGCGCCCCCUCUAGCGAAGCCCCCCCCCCCCAUAGACUAUGCCGUUUGGAGGGAACGUAACAAAAUACAAAGCACAUGCUGCUCCCCCUCACCGCUCCAGGCGCCCCCGCCAUCUGUACAACCGGCAAUGGCAUCUGCACUCGCAGGAUGCCUGCAGGAGACCACCGGAGCAACGAGUUCACAAGUGAGUGCUGUGUGGGACAGCCCUGACAACUAGCUUGUCUCUGGACUGGAGCUAGUGUUUUAUGGGGUGUCUGGCCCUGA